AAAUGCUCUGCAUUUCUCCACAAUUUCUCUUCUUUUUAUAAAAAAAAAAAAAGCCCGGCCUUCGUGUUCUCUCUCUCUCUCUCUCUCUCAAAAAUUCAAAAUUUCAAUGGAGGCCUUCGAUUUUGACAACGCCGUGUCGUCAUCGACGUCAUCCUCGCCGUCGCCGGAGAAAUCGCUCGCCGGUUUCUUAAUGUUUACUCACCAUUUCAAAAGCAUUACCAAGCUCUUCCGGAUCGUUGAGAUUUUCCUCGGAUUAGCUUUUCUGUCAUGGACUUCCUCUUACUUGCCGUUCGCCGUCAAAAUCUCCGGCGAGUACUUGCGCCAGCUCUUCACUAUCAUCAUCGGUCCGCUCUUUAAUUUCCUCCUCGGAAACCUCAUCGUCGUCACUCUGCUUCUCAAAGCCGGCCACGUACUCUCCGGCGGCCGAUCUUCUUCCACUCACAUUAGCUCCGACGCCGAGACGGAAACCGAUUUGUACGAAGAAUUUAUCAAAACUAGCGACAGCAGCACCGAAUUCACGAGCCUAGUUCCGGCGUUGGUUCCGGAUGCAAUUGAAUAUGAAGAUAAACAGACUAUAUUUGAACAGAGCAGCAGCUCCGUCAACAACAUCGAAAGCUCCGACGACGCUUUAGUUCCUGAGAAGAUGCCUUCCGAAAUGAAGAUGUACUCGAGAGCGUUGUCGGAGAACUUGGAGGCGAAGAUGCAGAGUUUGGAAGCGGAAGAGAUUCUGAAAAGCGGAAAGCUCAGGCGAUGGGAAACGAUGAAGUGCCGGAAAGUGGCGAAUCCAGGCGAGAUUCCAGCUGAUACGGUAUACGUGUUUGAUGAAUUGAGCAACGAGGAAUUCCAACAGACAAUUGAGGCAUUCAUCGCCAGGCAAAUCAAUUUCCAUCGCGAAGAAAAGUUAGCCAUUGUUUCUGCUUCUUAGCAACGCUUCAAUUUCUUCAUCUGAAAAUAAUAAUACUAGUAAAAAUAAAUAAAUUAGUGUAUAUUUUUGAAAGGAGAUUAAUUUGGGCGGCUGAUUUUUUAUGAUUUUUGGGACGCAAAGGUUAGUCUAGGCCGUCGAUUAUAGUUCAAAUUUUAAUUUGGUAACGAAAUUGUUGACUCUGUUUAUCCCUGAUGUGCAUUUUGGAGUUUACUACUAUAUGCAAAAAAAUAAUGAAACCUAUCGUACUAAAUUGCUGAAUUUGAAUUCUUUUUCCACCAUUAUUGUUGAUUAGACUUAAAUAUGCAUUGAUUAAUGGAAAAUGUCAUGUAAUUUCCAUGGAUUUGUACGGGAACGGUUGUCAUCAUUGAAGACUUUGAAGUCACUUUCGUUUUGGAGGGAUGAUAGGACUUGUUUGUAUGGUUAUAUCCUCUUUUUUUUUUCUUUUUUUUUUUUCACUUUUACUGAAGAAAACACGCCAUAACCAGAAAAUUGGCAUCUUAUUCCUUCUCUUAUCAGUGCCCACUCUUAUCCAGUAGUAGUAGUAGAAUUUUGCAAGCUGGAUGAAUUGUGACAUCCGAGAUGGUUUCUUUUUUUCCUUUUUACUGUAUUUACUGUGGGUAAAAAAAACCUCAAAAACCCCUCAUAUCUGAAAUCACCAUUUACAUUUUAACUCAAAGAAAUCGCUUGAGCAUUAUAUUACUACUAAGCUACGAUCUGUUUGGGAGUAUUACUCAAAGGUCAAUUGACUUGUUCGCAAUUGCAGGC